AUGGACCGGUUGGAGGCGGUUCAGACCGGUUGGAGGCGGUUCAGACCGGUUGGAGGCGGCUCAGAUCGGUUGGAGGCGGUGAGGCUCAGACCGGUUGGAGCGGCUCAGACGUUGGGCGUCAACGGUUGGAGGCGGCUCGUGAGCGUCGACGGUUGGAGGCGGCUCAGACGGUUGGAGGCGGCUCAGACGGUUGGAGGCGGUUCAGACCGGUCAGAUCGUUGGAGGCGGCUCAGAUCGGUUGGAGGCGGCUCAGAUCGGUUGGAGGCGGCUCAGACCGGUUGGAGGCGGUUCAGACCGGUUGGAGGCGGCUCAGACCGGUUGGAGGCGGCUCAGACCGGUUGGAGGCGGCUCAGACCAGUUGGAGGCGGUUCAGACCGGUUGGAGGCGGCUCAGAUCGGUUGGAGGCGGCUCAGAUCGGUUGGAGGCGGCUCAGAUCGGUUGGAGGCGGCUCAGACCGGUUGGAGGCGGCUCAGAUCGGUUGGAGGCGGCUCAGACCGGUUGGAGGCGGCUCAGAUCGGUUGGAGGCGGUUCAGACCGGUUGGAGGCGGCUCAGAUCGGUUGGAGGCGGUUCAGACCGGUUGGAGGCGGCUCAGAUCGGUUGGAGGCGGCUCAGACCGGUUGGAGGCGGUUCAGACCGGUUGGAGGCGGCUCAGACCGGUUGGAGGCGGCUCAUACCAGUUGGAGGCGGUUCUCUCAGAUCCGUUCUUGACAUAA